AAUUAUAGCAUUUUUGACAUUUCAAUGUCAAGAUCGGAGAAAUAUAGACAGCCACGUCAAAAAUUUCUCAAAAAAGGAAAAAGAAAAAAGAAAAAGAGAAAACAGGCACAACGAAAGAAAUUUAUAAUUCCACAGCUGAAGAUGUAUGUACACGUCUGACAUGAGGAAAUGCUGAAGAAGCCCUAUGGUAUUACAAUUUCUCCUAUAAAUUUCGAGCUCUUAAUUUUUUUUUUUUUUCUCCCUGUACAUAGUUUCGAGUCCCCCAGUUCUAAACAUGCCUCUUCCCCCCGCCGUUCAAUCUGGAAAAGAGAAUAUUCAAUCAAGUAUCCAGAACCGUGCAGUUCAAAUUAAACCAGUCAACCAAGUGCAUGUGCCCUUCCAAAGAUUUCACAUGAUAUCUUUCAAAUUAUAUGAUUCUCUAUUCUACAUCCAACGUCCUCAUCACAUGUGAUCCCUAAAGAAUUUGCAUGAUUCAAGGACAUAUAAGGCAUCUUUUAGACAUUUUGCCGCACAAAAUAAGGAGUCCAGCCAUAGUUUGGGAGGAAAGAGCUACCACAUCAAAGGCUGCACAACUGUCUGAGGUCUCUCACUCAUCCCAGCAAUGUCAAAAGCACAAUAGCGAUUCCAGUCGGGCAGAGAAGCUCCUUGGAGCCGGCACUCGAUUCCUGAGUUACACGUAUAGUUCAGAAAGUAAAUAAAAUGAAAUUGCAAAUUGACA